CUCAAAUCCACGAUGUCUCAAAUCACAUUUGAAUGCUAACAGAGGUAUGUGACUGAUUUUAUGACGUUCUCAUGUCAAAACAUGACAAAUGUGCGAAAUCUGAAAAAAUCUACUCUACUUCAGUUGUAUGCAAGAGCUAUUGCACCUUGCAGAGAUUAUUAUGGAUUGACUAUUGGAGAACAAUGUAUUUGUCUCAACAUUUGGAAAGUGACGCACGGCCCUCAUGUGUUUCCCAAACAGAUAUUCCUCGAGGUUGAAGACUUUAUCGACGAUCGGUUCCUGCAAGAAGAAAUAAAAAAUGUGUUCGGUGAUAAUGUGUACCAGUAUAUAGUCGAUCUUGUCCACCACAGAACUAAGUUGCAUCAUCUACCACCGAAGGUUUUUUUAAAUAUCCUGAAAUAUUUGAAUACGAACGAUGUUUUGAGGAUGUCAUUAACGUCAAAAAUAUUUUUAGAGUUAUGUAACUCUGACCUAGUUUGGCAACUCCUAUUCACGAAAGUAUUACAAAGAAGUCCAUCGAAAGAAGAAAAGAGACUAGCUAUGGAUUGUGGUUGGAAAGAAGUUUUGAAAAAACGAAUGACCUAUAUUAGGAAAGUAUUUGUCGAGAAUAGAGCGAAGAAAACAGUGGCAGUCGUGCAACGUCCGAAACAACCAGUCACAAUAAAGAAAAAAUGCGGCAAAGCAAAAUGAAAUAUGAUCGUUCAUAAAGUCAUAUGAAUCUCAAAAUCAAAUAUAAUUUC